AGUCCAACACUGCUUACUUUCCCGUUUUCCGACUCUAUCAAUUUCCUCUCAUCUCUCGGCCGUUCAAUUUUUCAAAUGGAGCAAAACCCGCCGUCUCCGGCGGAAGACUCGGCGGCGGCGGCGCCAUCCUCCGGCGAAACAAAACCUUCCCUCUUCCCUCUAUUUCCUCUCACAGCCUCCUCCUCUCUCCAAACCACCACCACAUCCUCCACUCCCCAAUGGCUCAGCAACACCAGCUUCACCACCGACAUCUCCGUUAUAAACGACGCCGUGGCCUCGCAACUCAACCGCGAAAUCACGCAGUCGCCGCCACAAGACGACGAGGACGAAAAUCGCGCCCAGGCGAAUCCCCUCCCUUCUUCUAGGUACGAGAUUCUGGAAUCUUCCGAAUCGGACGGAGGCGGAAGAGAUAGAGAGAGGAAGAAGAGAAAGAAGAGGAAAAAGCGGAAGCGCGAUUCGUCUGUGGAGAGAGGCGGAUUCCAUGGUUUCGGUUCGAGAAAGUCGCGCGUUCGAGCUUGGGCGGAUUCGGAGGCCAAAGUUGCCAAGGAUUAUUACAUUGAUUCUCACGGAGAUCGCGACAAUCUCGCGUUCGGAUGUAUUUACAGAAUGGAUAUUGCCCUAUACAGGCCUUACAAUCCAUUGAAACUGUCUGGGCUACAUGUUCGAGGUUUGUAUUGGUGGAAUCGGAGUGGUUCACUAUUGGAAAGAGAUGGUGAUAUUGAUUCAUUGGAUGCUAAAAUGAAAUCUGCUGGUCGUUACUGUUCUGGAAAAUACAUGGCUUUGGAACGACAUAAGAGCUUUAAGCGUAUUCGUCUUGUUGCUCCAGAAUCGUCUCCUGUCUCUAUGCAAGAUGAGUUUAUACCUUUGUCAGAAACAGAUGCCGGGGCAUCUCAUGGAGCUGUUGACAGUGAUUUGGUCUCCAAAACUUCAACAUCACUCGAAGAAUCUUGGGAAGAUGAAACGUUAAACAAAACUAGGGAGUUCAACAAACUAACACGGGAACACCCCCAUGAUGAAAAAGUUUGGUUAGCUUUUGCAGAGUUCCAAGAUAAGGUAGCAGGGAUGCAACGUCAAAAAGGUGCUCGCUUGCAAACUCUUGAAAAGAAGAUUAGCAUUCUGGAGAAGGCAGUUGACCUUAAUCCAGACAAUGAAGAGAUAUUGCUUUGCCUUUUGAAAGCUUAUCAAAUGAGAGACAGCUCGGAUGUGCUAAUUGCAAGAUGGGAGAAGAUACUUUUGCAACAUUCCGGAAGUUAUAAGUUAUGGAGAGAAUUCUUGCACACUGUUCAGAGAAAUUUCUCCAGAUUUAAGGUUUCAGAGGUUAGGAAGAUGUAUGCACAUGCAAUUGAAGCUCUAUCUGCUUCAUGCAGCAAGCACUCUAGGCAGGUUCUUCAAGCUACUGAUCCUUCUUCACCAGAUCCUGUAUUUGUUCAGUUAGAACUUGGUCUUGUGGAUAUAUUUCUAAGUCUUUGCAGAUUUGAGUGGCAGGCUGGUUAUAGAGAAUUGGCCACAUCUUUAUUUCAGGCUGAAAUAGAGUUUAGUUUGUUUUGUCCUCCUUUGCUGCUCACUGAGCAGAGUAAACACAGACUAUUUGAGCAUUUUUGGAACAGUGGUGGUGCUAGAGUUGGGGAAGAAGGGGCUCUCGGUUGGUCCGCAUGGUUGGAGAAAGAGGAGGAAACUAGGCAAAAAGUUAUGAAUGAUGAGCUCUCGCGUGAAAAUGAAGGUGGUGGUUGGACUGGUUGGUCAGAACCAUGGUCUAAAGAUAAUGAGGGUAUUGUCAAUGUUGAAAAUGAAACCAUCAAUGAUGUGGUUAUGGAGGAUAUUCAAGAUGAAGAGGAAUACAAAGAAGUUGAGCCAGAAGUUGAUACUGAAAAUUUGCUGAAGAUGCUAGGAAUUGAUAUGAAUGAUGGGGAUGGUAGCGAAGUUAAUGACACUUCGACUUGGAUCAAAUGGUCAAAAGAAGAGUCCUUUAGAGAUUGUGAUCAGUGGAUGCCUGUUCGCAGGAAAUCAGGUACAACCUCUCUUGCUAACGAAACACACAAAACAGAUGAGGAUGAACAACUCUUGAGAGUUGUAUUGUAUGAAGAUGUGAAUGAAUACCUGUUCUCCCUGAGCACAACAGAGGCUCGACUAUCUUUGUUAUCCCAAUUCAUUGACUUCUAUGGUGGGAAGAUGUCUCAAUUGUUUUGCUCAAACAGUCCAACAUGGGCUGACAAUAUCCUUAGUUUGGAGGAUCUGCCAGAUUCUAUGUUAGAGAAGUUGAAAUGCAUCCAUGAAGUUUUGACUAAAACACAGAACAGUCCUACUGGUUACAGUUUUGAAUAUCUAUCAGGAAGUUUCUCGAGGAAUGCUGAUUUUAUGAAAUUUAUACAGAAUGCUGUCUUACUUUGUUUAACCGUUUUUCCACGUAAUUACAUGUUGGAAGAAGCUGUUCUUAUUUCUGAAGAGCUUUAUGUUACAAAAAUGAAUUCUUCUGGUAUGGUUACACCAUGUCGAUCUUUAGCAAAAUCUCUUCUAAAAAGUGAUCGACAGGAUGUAUUGCUAUGUGGUGUAUAUGCACGAAGAGAGGCUACUUAUGGUAACAUUGAUCACGCAAGAAAAGUGUUUGACAUGGCAUUGUUAUCUGUAGAAGCGCUUCCUGUUGAACUACAGUCCAGUGCUCCUCUUCUAUAUUUCUGGUAUGCUGAGGUGGAGCUUGCAAGUACUGCUAAUGAUCGUGAAUCUUCAUCUCGUGCAAUACAUAUAUUAUCAUGCUUAGGAAGUGGCACAAAGUACAACCCAUUUAAAAGUCAAGCAUCAAGUUUGCUACUGCUUAGAGCACAUCAAGGAUUUAAAGAAAAAUUGAGAACAGUAUGGUCAUCUUGGGUUCGUGGCAUAAUAAAUGACCAGUCUGUAGCUCUAAUAUGUUCUGCUGCAUUGUUUGAGGAGCUAACCACUGGAUGGGAUGUGGGCAUUGAAGUUUUGAAUCAAGCUUUUUCAAUGGUGCUUCCAGAACGAAGAAGUCAAGGUUAUCAGCUUGAAUUUUUGUUUAAUUAUUAUAUAAAGAUGCUUCAAAGACAUCAGAGACAAUCAAGUCUGAUGAAAGUUUGGGAGUCCAUCUUGCAUGGCCUCCAGAUAUAUCCCUUCAGUCCUGAACUUCUAAAAGAUGUAGUGGAGGUCGGCCAUUAUUACACUACAUCUAAUAAAUUGCGGUGGAUUUUAGAUGACUGUUGUUAUAAGAAACCAUCCGUAGUUCUCUGGCUUUUUGCGUUGUCAUACGAAAUGUUUAAAGGUGGUUCACACCACAGAAUCCGUGGAUUGUUUGAAAAGGCAUUGAGUAAUGACGGGCUUUGCAGCUCAGUUUUGUUGUGGCGUUGCUACAUUAUGUUUGAGAUGGAAAUUGCACAUGAUCCUUCUGCAGCUCGACGUGCUUUCUUCCGGGCUAUCCAUUCCUGCCCCUGGUCAAAAAGGCUAUGGUUGGAUGGUUUUCUCAAGCUGAACUCUGUCCUUACUGCAAAAGAGCUAUCUGAUCUACAGGAAGUCAUGCGUGAUAAGGAACUGAAUCUGAGAACUGACAUAUAUGAGAUCCUUUUGCAAGAGUCAUGACAUUCGCUCUCCCACUGCUGCUAGAAUCCGACUGUGUAAGAUAGGUCCAUGAUGCAAGAUUCAUAGCAUUGGACUUGUAUGUAAGAUAGGUACAUGAUGUAUAUUGUGCUUCCAUAUAGCCUAUGUGAGAAAAAAAAUCUUGAUAUAGAAAUUGUCACUCAUCUUUUAGAUUAGUAUGAUUACUGCAAAAACAGCAUACAUAAUCCUAUAUUUUUAAUUAAAAUUUAUAAGAGACUAGCUUUUACAAGAAUGAAAUAUAUUCAAUAAAAAUUUGGA